AUGAAAUGAAAUAUUUAUAAGAUGCUGACAUAUUGUCACGAGCUAUUUUGUCCAAAAACUGUUGUAUGGACAUGGUUGUGCUAGAAAUAAACUUUACAAUCUUCACCAGAGAGCUACAACUAUCAGGCUAAGAGCAAAUAUUCUUCAAGGAGUUAUUGCAUUUUUUUACUUAUCGCGUGGAAUUGUAUAUAUAACUGUGAUUUCUUGAGUACUGCUCUCAAAAAGUGUAUCUGCAAAAUGUAUAAGCGGAAAUCAUCAUUACAGAUGAUGAUUUCGGUAAACGGUCAUGCCGGUAAGAGGAACAGUUCUGCACCAGAAAUACGCUACAGCAAAGCCGAGCACGAUAAUGUAGAAAUUCGAUUUUUUGAUGCACACUUUGAUCUAAACAAUCACUGGAAUCCGCAACAAGACAGUGACCAAGUAACCCAGAUGACAAAAGUUCAAGGUCAAGGUGAAAAACUUACCACUGAAACGGCUGACAAAACAUUAUGCAAUACACCUGAAUAUAAGCAGCAUUUGCAAUCUACGUUAAACAAAGAAAAUAUGGACGUUACAGACGGCAGCGAAACCUACGAAAGAUUCGCUAUUCCUUUAAAUAUACCAGAUAACUUGAAAGAAUUUGACAUUACUUCAGAAGCUGAUCUACAACGGAAAGGAAUGGUAAAAGGACAUUAUGUUGAUAAAAAGCUGAAGAAAACUUGUAAUGGGUGCCAGAAACAGUUCAAACUGAAAAGAAAACCUAAACACUGCAGAAGAUGCGGAGAAGUGUUCUGUUUGAAAUGCGUAAAAUACAGAAGAAAAUUGAACAGUUUGGCUAAUCCAGACCCAGAGGGCAAGAUAAGAAAGGUAUGCAAAGAGUGCUUUGAGGGUGAUUCGCUCGUUUUAGGUUGCACAAACAGUUUGACAGACGAAUUUUCCAACGAAAGGUCGCUUGCGAAAUAUGCGAGAGUGAUCAACAAAAGAGUUAAUUCUCUGACAACAACUUUCUGGCCUGAUCAAAUUGACAGACAGGCAGAAUGCAUGAGGCUGCUAACGGGUUUUCAGCAGGAAGUCAAACAACUAGGAUCUGUAAACGCCUUACAGCCAUUGAAAGUGAUACUGAAAACACCAGCAUGGCAGAAAUCAAAGUACUGGGACAUUGAGAUUCAGGCUACAAAAUGUCGUUCAUGUAAAGGAGAUGUUGGGCUUAGAAAAAGUUCUGGAAACUGUCGAGUGUGUGGUUUAGCUUUAUGUAGAAAAUGUUCCCAUAAGGAGUUGCUGUUGUUCUAUGAAAAUGGAGAUAUAACUGCUGAAGCCAGAUUGGCCAUUAUACAUGUUCCAGGGGCACCUGCACAUGAGCCGGACAUUUCACUGUUGCUGUAUGUUUGUCUUGACUGCAAAACACACAUCAGCCGACAACAACAGUCGGACUUGCUGUGGUAUACAUGUGGUGUAGAUAGAGGCAUUGUAGAUGACUUAAUUGACGCUGAUGCUAAAUUUGAAGAUGUGAAAAGGAAAAUAGAAGCAUCAAUACUAAAGGUCGAAGAAUUCCUUGACAAAGUCAGUUGCAGAGAGCUUUCCUCAGCUGCAAGAAAUGCUUCAGCAGAAAUAAUGACUUUAAGAACAACACUGAACAAGUAUGAGAAAGAGUUAAAACUCGUAAGAUCAUGGAUGGACCAAACACUGACAAGAACAGAAACAACUCUGCUGGAGAAUUACAUCAAGUUCUACAUAAAAAGUAGAGUGUAUGCAGUAUAUGCCCAUAGCAGUUGUCCCUUGGAUAUCAGUUGUCCCUUGGAUAUUUUGUUUGUAAGUCUCUUUAUUGAUGAUUUUUAUAAUCUAUAAUAUUCAGUCAAUAAUUAUAUUAAAACAUCUAAACAUAUGUAUUGAAACUUUUGGAAAUUUUGCAAAAACAGUUAAAAAAACCAAUAUAACUCCACCAAUACCGGGACAUGUUUUAAAAGUAGCAUCCGAACAACAAUUUAUGAUAUAAAACACAUCCAGGCACCGGCGACCUGUAACUGAUAACAAGUCUCAAAAUUAAAAUUUGGCUGGACCUACGAUUGGUUAGUUUGGCUAGAUCCGACUUUAACUACGCAAAUAAAAAUGAAUAAAGCAAAAACAAAGUUUGGUCAGAUUGUCGACAGUGACCCAAGAGUUAAGAUCGAGGAGAAUUUGCAGAGAACAAAGUCAUAAUAAUUACAAGGACAUAGUUGAAGAUAAUUUAGGCGAGGUACCGUCAUAGUUGCGGCUUCGGCGCAUGGUAGUCUUCUUGAUAUACACAUAUAUAUAUAUAAAACGAACAAAGAAGAACCCGGAACGGGAACAAAAUAUCGUAAAAUUAUAAAAUGACUUCACACGCUCGCUUAGUUUUUCUUAAAUUUUAAUAUAAAAGUCACAAACUAGUUUCGCCGUGAAUGGCUCGUCAACGUCAAAACUAUUGAAUUAAUUCCCUUUCUCUUAUUGUUAUAUAUUUAGACACACUGAUGAGCCAUUCACGGCGAACUUUUAUAUUAAAAUUUAAGAACAACUAAGCGAACGUGUGAAGUCAUUAUAUAUAUAUCAGAUCGUAUUGGUUUGGGUCGCAGUAUAAGCUGAUGGUUUAAGGUUAUGGUGCUGAACCGUGGUAGUGUUUGAGACAAGGGUUGGGAAGAAACAUUGUGAGGUUUUAAGUCGAGACAGCAGUUUUUAAAUUUAGAUAGACAUUUGGUUUGAUACAGAGGUAAGGUUUGGACCUAGGAGUAUUAGUCUCUCAUGCUUGCGGGGUAUGCAAAUAUACGCAGGGGUCUCCAAUCCAUAUAGUUCUUGAAAUGUGAUUGGUUUGCUACAGCUGUUAUAAGGUCAUAAAUACAGGUUUGACACCACCUAGAAUUUUUGUAAAUAAGGACCACAUAUUGAUUCGAUUAUCUGCUUGAUUUAAGUUAAUUUAUAUUUUAAAAAUAUUCAUUGGUCAAACAAAUCAGAAUCAAGGUAGGUUGAGAAAAAUAUAUAGAAGUUUCACACCAGUCAUCAAAAUAGAUAGCCUAAGAAAACUUCUAUACACAAUUUAAAGAUGGUCGAUCACAUCCGAGCAACAUUUUCUGACAUUUUUCAGUUUUCAUAUAUUCUCCUACAGAUUUAUUUAAGGAACAAAACGACCCAUUACUUAGAGUAAGAUCCCUAUUGGAGAUGUAUAAUUUAUUACUUUCUACGAAAUUUUGUAAUUAUCACCUUUUAAGGAUAACAUGGUCAAUCUAUCGCAACCAAGAUGGACAAAGGGUGGUAAUGACAAUUUUAUAAACUUACAUUUCUAAUAAAUUAUAUCAAACUAUAUACCCGUCAAUGCAAAUCUUUGACAACUUCAAUACAAUAGUGCCUAUAUUGAUAUCAUUCCUAAUGUGUUUGUUAAUUUUAUACUGAAUAACGCUAUCUUUGUUGGGCAACCAGGAUAGGAAAAUAAAAGUUUAAAAAUACUUCCAUUGAAAAUCUGACGUGAAAUUAAGCACUCAAUAAACACAAAUAAACGAAAAUGAUUAGUUGGUAAAGAUUCAAACAAAUCCGUUAGUUGACCAACAUCUGAUUAACCACCUUUAAUUAUAAGUAACGCUCGGUAUACGUGACAUUAGUUACUAACAUACUAGUAAGACUUGUUCUGUUAUAAACAUAGAGAAAUCACGAUAGACUGAGGACAACUGUAUUCCUAAGUUGCUACAGAUUGGAGAAAUAGCCACAGGUGUAAGACUAGAAAAUUCCGAUAUCUAUCAAACACAUGAAACUAGAAAAUAUAAUUAUUCAAAUAAAAAGAAAUUUCUAGCUUUUACGACAUAUCUAGAUAACUGGGUGUAAUUACUAAAUGUUACAGAAAUCAGUAAAACAUACAUUUCUUAUAUGAAUCUAGCCCAAUUUGCUUCUUCGGUAUAAUUUUAUCUUUGACAGAAUAUAAGAAAAGAGAAAAUGUUGCUCAAAUGUGUUUGAGCACCUUUAAGGGCACAAUUAACAAAAUAAGAUAAAAUCAUUAAUCUACUCACUUCGCCUACUAAUUACGAGUAUAAAGGAAAAUGUCAUUGAGAACAACUUGAACACUGAACUUCAUAUAUCCGUCUUUAUAGAGGAACAUAAAGUAGUACUUUGCUGCCUAACAGUGUUAUUGUCUAUUUUCCAGUUUGAACAACGUAAAUGUAAGAUACACCUUUUUUGGCUUUUUGUUACAUUUUUAAACUAUUCUAGCCGUACACACGAACAGAUUCAAAUUAAUUUUAUGAAUAUCCGAUUUUCG